AUGAACAUCCUUGAAGUUAUUGAGGGUGAGGAAGAGAAGCAGAAGAAACAGAAACAGAAGAAGGAUCAGGAGGAUCAGGAGGAUCAGGAGGAUCAGGAGGAGGAAGAAGAGCAGGAGAACCAGGAGCAGGAGCAGGAGCAGGAGCAGGAGCAGGAGCAGGAGCAGGAGCAGGAGCAGGAGCAGGAGCAGGAGCAGGAACAAAAUCUGGAUCCGGGCGGAAGAGAUCUGAGGCUGGAGGUCUGGGCUGAUCUCUACUCCUGCUCUGCUUUCGUCGAGCUCCGUGCUACCGACCAAGUAGUAGCGACCAACAUCUCAGCUUCGGGCUACUACAAAGUCGACCUCUCCUCCUUCGGCGAUGGCCUGUACCAGGUUCACGCAGUUCUGCUCUCCCGCACGAGUGUGGAGACCGUCCUUGCUCAAGACUCCCGGACGUUCCGAGUGCUCUCCGACAGGGUUUCUGACCUGAACCCCUCCAGCGUAUGCCUGGACUACGGGUUCAGCACGGGGACUUGGGUGGUUCCAAGGAUCAUCCACUACGUGUACGACGUUCGAGGGCCUCCUCCUCGCUGCCCCUUCUUCCUCUUCCGCUCCAUCCAGAUGAGCCUGGCGCUGUUCCGACCGGACAAAAUCAUCCUUCACUACCACUUCCUCCCUUGGGGCAGGUGGUGGGAGGAGAUAGGACGGCUGCCGCAGGUCGAGCUCAAGUACGUGGAGCUUCCUAGGAGGAUAUUUGGCAACGACAUCUCCUCCUUUGCGCACUUCUCCGACGUCAUCCGGCUCCAUGCUCUCCUACGCCAUGGCGGGCUGUACCUUGACAGCGACUUGAUCCCCCUGAGUACAAUGGCGGAUCUGUUCGAAGGGGAUCGAGCGUUCCUGGGGGAGCAGCCGUUCGGGUGGGCAGGGAACGGAGUGAUAGGAGCGCCGAGGGAGAGCCCCUUCCUGUCCAAGUGGCUGCAGACGUUCCAUGGCUUCGAGGACGCGAGAAGAGGGUUCUGGGGGGCCCUGGUCCCGUCUGCCAUCGCCUGGUCUUUCCCGGAGGAAGGGGUGUUGCUUCCUAGGACCGCGUUCUACUGGCCGUACCAGCUCAGUGCGAUCUCUGCUACGCUGUUCUCCUCCUUCUUCGACCUCUCGGAGAAUCUAGUCGCUCACUUCUACGGGGGAAGCUUCCAGGAGGCGGGAGCUGGAGCAAGCGGUCAGAUCACAAGAUCCAAAUUCGUCCUCGUCCUCGUCCUCGUCCUCGUCCUCGUCCUCGUCCUCGUCCUCGUCCUCAUCUGCUGUGGACGAGGACGCUAG